ACACUUUGGAUGCAACGAUUGAAAAUUUGCUUUUGCUGAAGCCCCCAAUAAAUAGAAAAACAGUUGAUGGGCAAAAAGAGACAUUAAGAUCAUCGAUAAAAGUUUUAUUGAAAGAGGACAAAGUGUUACAAAAAGAUUGUAAGCAGUUAAAUGCUUGGUUUAUUGAUAUCGAGAAAAAGGAAAAAAACAGAAAGGAACUGAAAAUUAUAGACAGAAAAGACUGUGCUAUUUUUAAAAAAGCAAGAUUUUUUUCUAGUGUUGUGCAACAUGCCAUCGGUGGCUUAACGGACAAUGAGUUUAAAAAAGAAUUACAAGAAAUCCCGCAAAGAUUCUCAUUCUCAGCGUCCAAACAAGGUUCAUAUGUUGAACCAAUAUUGCAAUAUGUUGAGAAAUCCCUCUUUGGAUUUAUUAUAAAGCAUCAACAAUACAUUCCUUCUAAAACUGUAAAAGAGUUGGUGACAAAAUACACUUUGGAUGCAACGAUUGAAAAUUUGCUUUUGCUGAAGCCCCCAAUAAAUAGAAAAACAGUUGAUGGGCAAAAAGAGACAUUAAGAUCAUCGAUAAAAGUUUUAUUGAAAGAGGACAAAGUGUUACAAAAAGAUUGUAAGCAGUUAAAUGCUUGGUUUAUUGAUAUCGAGAAAAAGGAAAAAAACAGAAAGGAACUGAAAAUUAUAGACAGAAAAGACUGUGCUAUUUUUAAAAAAGCAAGAUUUUUUUCUAGUGUUGUGCAACAUGCCAUCGGUGGCUUAACGGACAAUGAGUUUAAAAAAGAAUUACAAGAAAUCCCGCAAAGAUUCUCAUUCUCAGCGUCCAAACAAGGUUCAUAUGUUGAACCAAUAUUGCAAUAUGUUGAGAAAUCCCUCUUUGGAUUUAUUAUAAAGCAUCAACAAUACAUUCCUUCUAAAACUGUAAAAGAGUUUGUGACAAAAUGUACACCUCCACGGCAGAUGGACUUCUCAGACGCUGACCUAUUGUGCCUUUUAAAUUUCAUCAUACAAAAUAUUUCCUUAUUCACAAUUGGACAAUCAGAUCAAACAUUAUUUCACGGGCAAUACAAACUUAACCCAUCUGAUCUCCUCAAGUCCUUCAAAACUGAAGCAAGAAAUCACAAUGCUCAUGGAAUCACGCAGCUGGAAGGCAGAUGGAAUGACGAAAAACUCCAAAGACUGUCAACUCUGGCACUUGAAGUAGUUGGAUGUCUUGGGGAUAAAGAAACAUUCGAGUCAUUGGUAGAAAUAAAACUGAAAUUGGAUUCCGAACUCACAGAACAUAUUAUUUCAACAAUGAAACGGAAAUGUGAAGAAAAUGGGAAUGAACACCAUGAGAAAAGGAGAAAUACAAUGGACAUAGAGCUUGGAGAAUUGUCGGACUUUGCACUAGACAUAAUCAAUAAAUUGGAUUCAUCAGAUAAACAAGAGCUAAAGCAAAUUGUACGAUUGGCUGUGGAUAAAAAUGAGGCGUUUAUGAAUAUCUGGAGGAGCUUAGUGACCCAAAAUAAUGAAAGUAAAAAGAUUGAGAAGUUCAUAACACUAAUGAAUUUCCGGUUUGACAUGGUGGGUACUUCACAUGUUAUUUCUUGA